UCUCUAGUUUCACUUUCAUGUUUACUUUACCCAAGAGGUCGUCCGUAAACUAAUGUAAAAGAAAUCUGUAACCGAAUACCCAUCCAGACUGAGUGACACACGAUCCGUGUCCAACCAUCCACUAAAAUGAAGCGAGUGGCGAACUGUCUUGUCAGUUUUUGCAGGCGAUCAAGGCUUCCUCUGCAUGGGAAACAUUUACAACCGUCACCUGUGCUCAUGUCGGUGGUGAGACAUUCCAGUGGUGGGACACGGCGGGUGGAUGUCAGUGGUAUCUACCCUCCGAUUGCCACGCCCUUUAACAAGGACGAGAGUGUAGCCUACGACAAACUGACUGAAAACAUGCAGAAGUGGAAUAAGAUACCGUUUGGGGGUUAUGUUGUACAGGGGUCCAAUGGAGAAUAUGUAUAUCAGACAGCAGAGGAAAGGAUCAAGGUCGUAGAACACGUCGCUAAGACAGCCACCUCAGACAAGGUCAUCAUGGCAGGCUCUGGAUGUGAAUCCACUAGAGAUACAAUAGAGAUGACCAAUCAGAUGGCGGACGUAGGAGCACACGCUGCUCUAGUGGUCACUCCUAGUUACUACAAGAAUGGCAUGCACAACAGGGCUCUGAUCAACCAUUUCACAAAGGUUGCUGAUGCCAGUAAGAUACCCAUACUUUUAUACAGUGUUCCAGGCAACACAGGCAUUGACCUUGACCCAGAAGUCAUCAUAACCUUGUCCUCUCACCCAAAUAUAAUUGGACUAAAGGACAGUGGGGGAGAUAUAGCAAAGCUUGCUAAUUUGGUGUAUAAGACUCAGGGUAAAGAUUUCCAGAUAAUGGCAGGGUCUGCUGGAUUCUUGCUGCCAGCUUAUCUUGUGGGUUGUGUAGGCGGGGUGUGUGGGGCAGCUAACAUGCUGGGACAGGAACUCUGUGAUUUAGAGCAGCUGUAUAAAGAAGGAAAGAUGAAGGCAGCCACAAAAUUACAGCAGAGAAUUGUUGCUCCCAAUGCAUGUGUAACCAAGAGGUUUGGUGUACCAGGUCUGAAGGUUGCCAUGGAGUGGUUUGGUUACUAUGGAGGCCCAGUAAGGUCACCAUUACAGCCAAUCACAACAGAGCAGGAAGAAAUCAUGAGGACUGUGUUCAAAUCCUCAGGGUUCCUCACCUGAGAUAUUAUUGUGAUUAUUGUAAUAUAUUAAUUAAAGUAGGCUAUUGGCUGAAGUAUAUACUUUUUAUAAUUGGAACGGCUGAUAUACAAAUUUGUGACUGGAGACAUUAAAACAUGUUAUCUAAUACAGUUGAACAUGACAGUAUCUUGAUUUGAAUAUCAAUAUAUCUUGAAAUGAGUUGGAGGAUUCAGCUUUUAAUGUUCCUGGGAUCCCCGUCCGAGCUAACAAGGCUUGAAUCAUGUAUAUUCUGUAAUCAGUAUCUAUUUUUUUGAUGUUUGUAUAAGAUGUCGAAAGAGAUAAUAUCUCAUCUGAAAAUAUAUUUUAUCAAAAUAAAAUCACCAUGUAUUGUU